AUGUUGAAAAUGUGCAAGAAGACCAAGUUUGAAAUGGAACUUGAGAAAUAUCAGAGCAUCCCGGGGAAAUAUCGUGAGCUUCUGGAUUCCGUCAAUUUGUGGAUGGAUGAGCACGUUGAAGAGCUGAUCAAAUUACUGAAGCUGCAUGUAUCAUACUCCCCUGAUCAGACAAGUUACGAUGAUUUUGAAGCAGGUACAUUUUGUUCUCUGCGAGAUUUACCUGGAUUUCUCUUCACAGCCGUUGUUUCGAUGAGCUUCCCAUUUACUAAACUAGAAAUUCGCAUAAUCAUGCGUUUGUUUGAUCAUGACCGCGAUGGGAUGAUUCGAUUUGAUGACCUGAACACGCGCUUGAGCUACCUC